GAAGGCGUGAAAACGGAGAAUGAUCACAUCAACCUGAAGGUGGCGGGGCAGGACGGCUCCGUCGUGCAGUUCAAAAUCAAGCGGCACACCCCGCUGAGCAAGCUGAUGAAGGCGUACUGCGAGCGGCAGGGCUUGUCGAUGAGGCAGAUUAGAUUCAGAUUUGAUGGACAGCCAAUUAAUGAAGCAGACACACCUGCACAGCUGGAGAUGGAAGAUGAAGACACUAUUGAUGUGUUCCAGCAGCAGACAGGUGGAGUGUGUUAA